AUGGCUCUGGAAAAUUACACCGUGGUGAACGAAUUUAUUUUUUGUGGACUUACCCAGUCUCAAGAGCUGAGUUUACUCUUAUUUUUCUUUUUAUCCAUGAUUUAUGUAACAACUGUGUUAUCAAAUAUUGCCAUUAUGGUCACUGUGACCUGCGAGUCUCGGCUCCACAGCCCCAUGUACUUCCUGCUCCGUAAUCUCUCUGUCUUGGACAUCUGCUUCUCCUCAGUUACUGCUCCAAAAGUUCUGGUGGAUCUUCUUUCAAGGAGAAAGACCAUCUCCUUCAAUGGCUGCAUCAUACAGAUGUUUUUCUUCCACCUGCUUGGUGGAGCAGAUAUUUUUUCUCUCUCUGUGAUGGCAUUUGAUCGCUACAUGGCCAUCUCUAAGCCCCUGCACUAUGUAACUAUCAUGAGUAGGGGACGAUGCACUGCCCUCAUUGUGGCCUCCUGGGUGGGGGGCUUUGUCCACUCUAUCGUGCAGAUCGCCCUACUGCUCCCACUCCCCUUCUGUGGACCCAAUGUUGUUGAUGGAUUCUACUGUGACGUUCCCCAGGUCCUCAAACUUGCCUGCGCUGACACCUUUACUCUCGAGCUCCUGAUGAUUUCCAACAAUGGCCUGGUCACUACCCUGUGGUUUGUCCUUCUCCUUGUGUCUUACACAGUCAUCUUGAUGAUGCUGAGGUCACACACUGGGGAGGGCAGGAGGAAAGCCAUUUCUACCUGCACAGCCCACAUCACCGUAGUGACCCUGCAUUUUGUGCCUUGCAUCUAUGUCUAUGCCCGGCCCUUCACUGCCCUCCCCAUGGACAGAGCUGUCUCCAUCACUUUCACUGUCAUCAUCCCUGUCCUGAACCCCAUGAUCUACACCCUGAGGAACCAGGAGAUGAAGUCGGCCAUGAGGAGACUGAAAAAAAGACUCAUGCUCUCUGAGGGAAAAUAUCCUCAUAAUUGA